UUAAUUCAUGCUCUUGACUAACUUUGUCUUGUCUUCCAGUUUAGGACUUGGAAUCUUCUGGAAACUCAUGAAAAUUGUAUCUACGUAUAUGUCUGCAUAUCCAACAGAAAAAUCUGAUCAAGGAUUUAUUAUGCUUUCUGUGAAUACCUCGACAGAUUUGACUGAUUGCUCUGAGUUUGGGAACAGGUCCUGUUCUGGCAGCUCCAGGUCACCUGGAGCACGAGGGGUAUUGUAUCUCUUCAUGACUGCAGCCUUCCUGCUCACCAUCUCAGGGAAUCUGGCCAUAAUUGUUUCCAUCUCCUAUUUCAAACAGCUUCAGUCCCCGACCAAUUUUCUCAUCCUAUCCAUGGCUGCCACGGAUUUCCUACUGGGCUUUGCCAUUAUGCCCUACAGCAUGGUGAGGUCCGUGGAGAACUGCUGGUAUUUCGGGAUGGCGUUCUGCAAAGUUCAUUACAGUUUUGACCUGAUGCUCUGCUUAGUUUCCAUUUUCCACCUUUGUUCCAUUGCUGUGGAUCGCUUUUAUGCAAUUUGCCACCCUCUGCAUUAUGCCUAUCUGAUGACCAUGAAUGCCAUAAAACAAAUAAUAGCAGUGUGCUGGUCAGCACCCGCAGCUUUUGCUUUUGGUGUUGUUUUCUCAGAAGCUUAUGCUUCUGGAAUUGAGGGCUAUGAAAAUUUGGUAAAAUGCUCAAGCUUGUGCCCUGUCAUGUUCAACAAAGUGUGGGGAGCUGUUUUAUUUACAGUUGGUCUAUUUGCUCCUGCUUGUGUUAUGAUAGGGAUCUAUUGUAAAAUUUUUUUAGUCUCCCAAAAGCACGUAUGUGAGUUGAGCCAAGCACACAAGCACACAAAAAGUGAUAUGAAAAAUGAGCUUUCUAAGAGUAAAGACAGGAAAGCUGCCAGGACUUUGAGUGUAGUUAUGCUGGGUUUCUUAAUAUGCUGGUUUCCCUGUUUUUUUGCAAUCUUAAUUGAUCCAUUUUUAAACUUCUCUACUCCUGUAUCUUUGUUUGAUGCUCUAACCUGGCUUGGUUAUUUAAAUUCUCUCUGCAAUCCAUUAAUAUACGGCUUUUUCUAUCCAUGGUUUCGGAAAGCGUUUAAGUAUAUUGUAACAGGCAAAAUAUUCAACUCGCGCUUCCGUACAACAAAACUUGUAGCUGAGGAGCAGUCACACUAGUAGAUUCUAGAGCUGACAGCCUGUUUAAAGGUGAAAAGGAAACAGUGGAUUACUGGGUAUUCAUGGUUCAGUAACCAGUCUGAAACAUAAAAUUUGAAUUUUGCAAGACAGUACUGUAAAAUUAUCUCAAUGUCUAUUUCCUUAAU